AUGAAGACAUCAAAAACGAGAGAGGACCGGGACCCGAGGCUUCCCGACGCGGUCAUACCAGAAGCCAGGGACUACGAAUACGACAGUGUUACACCUGAGAAAAAUGGCGACGACGUUACAGUUUCUAUUGCAAAACAGGACUCUGAAUGCAUGACCACCCUCUCCACAUUAUUCUUUUGUGUCCAGCAUCUAGAUUUGGAUGUUGACGAAAACGACCCCGCGGCACGCGGCUCUUGGGGCCUCAAAAUCGAAUUCAUCCUCUCAUGCGUUGCCUUCGCUGUCGGCUUGGGCAACGUUUGGCGUUUCCCCUAUCUCUGCUUCAAAAACGGUGGAGGAGCCUUUCUCAUUCCCUACGUAAUUAUGCUUGUUUGCGUGGGACUUCCUAUAUUCUUCCUGGAAUUCGCCUUUGGGCAAUUCGCAAGCUUGGGUCCGAUUUCAAUUUGGUCAAUCAGUCCCCUUUUUAAAGGAGUCGGAUAUGCAAUGACAACAGUCUCGUGGUACAUUUCACUCUACUACAAUGUGAUCAUUGCAACCGGAUUCUUUUACCUCUUUGCCAGUUUCACUAGCACUUUGCCUUGGUCUACCUGUGACAACUGGUGGAACAACAAGAGCACGUGCUAUGUCAUCGGUAAGUUUUGGUUUCAAAAAAGAUGUCUUUUUAUUUCAGUUGUUACUAAAAGCUCCGGAAAUAUUUCGUCCAUACCAGCUGGGGCAACCUCACCAGCCGUUGAAUAUUAUAAUGGUUUCGUCCUGCAGAAGUCGGAUAGUUUUGAGGAUUUUGGGACCCCAGUUUGGCACAUGACACUCUGCCUGCUGUUUGCUUGGAUCGUCGUAGUCGUCAGUUUGGUGAAGGGUAUCCAAUCGCUUGGAAAGGUCUCCUACUUUACCGCCAUAUUCCCCUACAUAAUGCUUACGAUUCUCAUGGUUCGAGCAGCGACACUGAAGGGCUCCUUAGAAGGUGUCAAGUACUACAUAACCCCGAAUUUUUCAAAGUUAAAAGACCCCACUGCAUGGACUGACGCAGCCACUCAGAUCAUCUUCUCCUUGAGCUGUUGCAACGGUGGGCUCAUUGCAAUGUCUAGCUACAACAAGUUCAAAAAUAACUGCUACAGGGACGCCGUUCUCGUAGCCACAAUCAACUGCUGUACCUCCGUAUUUGCCGGUUUUGUGGUUUUCGCUACCCUUGGCUUCAUGGCUGACGCAAAAGGUGUUGCCGUCGAGGAUGUUGUUGAGUCUGGCCCAGGACUGGUUUUUAUGGUGUACCCUGAGGCGUUGAACCAGAUGCCCGUCCCUGUGCUUUGGUCAAUUCUUUUCUUCCUGAUGCUGGUAACUCUUGGGUUGGGAAGCGAACUGCCCUACGUUGAGACCGUCCUCUCAGGCUUCCAAGAUGAAUUUCGGCGCUACAACUUUCUCAGUACUUGGAAAUCACGGUUGGGUUUCAGAAUAAUCCUGUGCAGCAUCAAUUUUCUGAUAACAAUUCCAAUGGUUUGUCCCGCUGGAAUUUACCUUGUCAAUUUGGUCGAUUCUGUGAUGUCGGGCUAUCCAGUUCUGAUUAUCUGCUUGUUGGAACUCAUAGUCAUCUCUUAUGUCUACGGUAUCAAGCAAUUCAUGAGAGACGUCAAGCUCAUGAUCGACUCGAAACCUAAUUGGUACUGGCGAAUAUGCUGGAUGGGCGUCUCGCCAAUUAUGGUGCUGGGACUGAUUAUUUUUACCAUUAUUAGUGGUAAACCAUUCGGCCUGGGUGAUUACGUUUACCCAUCCGGAAUCCAAGCGAUGGGCCAACUAAUUGCAGUCUUACCGAUCUUCAUGAUUGUUGCAUAUUUCGUCUACAAAUACUGCCGCGAUGGUGGCUGGCUGCUACUUCGAGAGUUUUCCAAGCCUAUUACCGAUUGGGGUCCAGCUCAGGAUGAACACCGCACCGAAUUUCUGCAAGGCAUUUGUGCCCGCACAUUGGGUUACGUUCCUUCUGACCUUGAGCUGGGACUUAGAGGAGAAAAUGCGGGCGAGAAUGCAGAAGAAGGCGUGGAUGGUGAAACCACCGAGGCAGCUCCUAAAAACAAUAACUUGAAUGUGUCCCAGGUGUGGAGCACAGGUGUGGGAGGAAGUUCUGCGGCCCUGCGAAAUGCCACUUCCUGUCAGGCUCUCCACUCCCUCUUGAAUGAAGGGGAAUUCUACCAGAGCAAGCUAAGCAUAGCAGAGAAGAUGGCUGAAUUGCACUCAAAGGAUCUUGUCAAGCAGGGCGUUCCACUGGAACUGCUUGCAUCAACGGAACAGUUGGUCAGUGAUCGUGUAAAUCCAAGUCUCCUGCCACAAGUUGUUAUCGCCAACUUCCAAAUAUUCAUUAUAUCAUUUACUUAG